AUGACGGUGAAAAACACAACUCCUCGCCCAAGAUGGCACCCUUCACCCACAUAUCAUCUUAAAGCACCAAGAGGCUGGAUCAACGACCCUUGUGCACCCGGCUAUGAUGCUUCCACUGGUACAUAUCACUUGUCAUAUCAAUGGAACCCCAAAUCCUGCGAUUGGGGUGACAUCACUUGGGGCCAUCUCACAAGCAGAGACGGUUUAACAUGGAAGCAAAACACACAAAACCCCAUUUUGGAACCCUCAGAAUCAUACGACAAGGAAGGUAUCUUUACAGGCUGCCUUCACCCAACAGGUCUUCAAGGCGAGGAAGGCCAGCUCACAGUUAUCUACUCCUCCAUCACACAUCUUCCCAUUCACUGGACUCUACCAUAUACCCGCAACUGCGCUGGUCUCUCAGUAGCCACAUCAAACGACGGGGGAAAGACGUGGCAAAAAAGCGAGCAGAACCCCAUAUUGGACGGCGAACCUGAAGGUGUUACUGUCACAGGUUUCCGAGACCCUUUCUUGGCAGAAUGGCCCGCUAUGGACGAGAUGCGCGGUGAGGUAAGCAUGUACGGCUUCGUAUCAGGAGGUAUCGUCGACGGUGGACCUACAGUGUUUUUAUAUGCUAUCUCGCCGACCGACUUGACGCAGUGGACCUACCUCGGUCCUUUAGUCGACCUCCCCACCGGAUAUAGCCCCUCUGGUAAAUGGGGCGGCGACUUUGGUGUUAAUUGGGAAUGCGUCAACUUUAUGACCCUUCACAACGAUUCCGAAGAGUGUCCGUUCAUGCUCAUGGGAACAGAAGGUGGAUUGAAGCCCGGAGCGAAGGAGGGUGCUGAGCAUUGGUCAUUGUGGAUGGCUGGAUCUUUGGAGCAGACAAAGGAAGGACCCAGACUCAAGCCAGAGUUUGACGGUAUUCUCGACCAUGGAUGUCUCUAUGCCCCGAAUUCAUAUGAGCAUCCAAUUACCAAGAACAGAAUCGUCUGGGGAUGGUUGAAGGAGGACGAUUUAACGCUAUCACGCCGCGAGAACAAGGGAUGGACAGGAUACUUUUCUCUUCCUCGAGAGUUAUUCUUGUACUCUGUCGACAACGUCACAAGAUCGCUUACAUCACCACUUCAAGACCUUGGAUUCAUCAAGGCCACCAAUAACGGAAGAGGGUCAAGUACGAUUCAGACACUGGGUAUCCGACCACUACCGAACUUGGAAGGUCUCCGACGGGAAAAGCCAGCAUACUGGAAUUCCAUUGACAGCACUUUUGGUCUAGGAGGUCUCACCAACUCACACUCCGGAUGUUGGGAGGUGGAAGCCACGAUAAAGGUGUCACCAAACGAUAAGAGCGCAGGAUUCUGGAUUCGACACAACAAAGACCUUACACAAGGAACGGCCAUCUGUUUCUCUCCUGGAAGCGAGACAAUCACAAUCGACAAGAGCAAGUCAAACAACGAGACCGAUAUAGAAAAGGCCCCAGCAUCAGGCCCAUUCACUCUAUUCUACUCCGACAGAAACGGUUCAGAGGAGCUGGAGAAACUACAUUUGCGCAUCUUCUGUGAUGGAGAUGUUCUCGAGGUAUUCGCCAACGACCGCUUCGCUUUAUCGACCAUGGUUUACGCCGAUUCAAAAGAUUGCACCGGCAUUAGUUGGUUCGUGGGAAGCGAAGGGUCCAGUGAGAGUGUCUUUGAGUCUGUUAAGCUAUGGGAGAAUAUGAGAGAGGUGCUAGAGGUGGAUGAGCCCGUUGUUUAUGAACGAAGUCAGCUUUAA